UCUUCUGCCUGUCCUGUCCUCCAUGCUUUCACUCUUUAACCAGCAGGAAUGAUUGUGCUUUAACCAAGGAGAAUGCCAGACAAGAAACCCAAAGGUGAUUUUCAGUGAGGAUCCCCUUGUGGCCCCCACUUACACACACACAUACACACACACACACACACACACAUAUACACACACAGAGAUAGAGAGAAACAUACACACACAGCCUGUGUGAGCUCUGUUGGCACACACACACACACACACACACCCCUGUUUGUCAUGGAGGUGUGUGAGGACAUGGUGGACAGGGAGCUGACCCUGACUGUGCUGCUGCCUGGAGGCACUGAGGAGACGGCCACCGUGCAUGGGAGUAAACCAGUGAUGGAUGUAUUGGUCACACUCUGUGGCGAGUAUCACCUAAACCCAUCCGAGCACAUCAUGGAGCUGGUGUCGCCCAAUCAGAAUCACAUCAAGUUCAAACCCAACUCUCUGAUUGGCUCCCUGGAUGCUGAGAAGGUUGUCCUAAGACACAGAGGAGAGGACGAAAGGACCAAGAGGAAAGGCCCCUACGUGCCAGAGGUGUCUGUACGUCUGAUGAUCUUCUAUAGGCAAGUGCACAGGGCAGUUGUGCGUGUGAGUCCCAAAGUGCCUCUGAGCGAGUUGCUCCCUGCCAUCUGUGACAAGUGCGAGUACGACCUUGACACCACCCUCCUGUUCCUCAACAGCCAAUCAGAGGAGCCAUUGGACCUCACUAAAUCACUGAAUGACCAUGGGAUCAGGGAGGUGUUCGCCAAGGACAUGAAAGUCAUUAAUCUCCCAGAGCCCAUUGCUACCACUCCAGAUAGUGAAGCCUCCAAGGAAAACAAACUCCCGCCUGCCAAAGAGAAGAGUGAGAAGGGGAAGGACAACAAGAGCUUCUUCAGUUUUUUUAGAAUAGCUAAAAAGAAAACUCAGAAGAACGUAUCUGCGAGCGCCCCGACCUCCCCUCUCCUCCAGAAGCAGCGCACUCUCAGCUUAAGCUUCCUGACCUCCCGCUGCAGCACCCUGCCCUCGGAGAAGUCCAAGAAAAGACGGGCACCACUACCGCCCAUGCUGGCCUCCCAGAGCUUCCCCACCAACCUGAACACCAGCCAGCCUGUUCUCACCGCCGAGGAUUCUGGGAAAGAGACCACGCUCAGUCACAGCUCAUCCAGUGAGUCUUCUCUGAAGAGAACCAAGCGGCGAGCCCCCCCUCCCCCUGCCCUCCCCCCACCUUCCAGUCCCCCCCCACCAGACGAUGAUGCCCCAGAGGACCUCGUUUGUAAAGACGUCUUGGGUAAUUUGGCUCCUGUGAGGGAGGUUCCAGAGGAAACCUUGAAUGAAGACCAAUCGAUAAACUAUCCAGUCGCAGCACUUAUUCACCAUACGACUAACGGCACAGGGGACUGUCUGUGUGAAGAACUGCACUCCAAUGACAAGAAGUCAGAGUGUGACGGACCCACACCCGGCGGUCAGCCAGAGGGGCCAGCGGAGUCUCCAGCUUCGCCCUCUCGCCGGACGCCGUCGAUCGGCUCCAGCCGGCGAAACAGCCCUAGCUGGAUGGGUGUAGGCUCGUCGUCCGGGCGACUGCUGCGGAGCAGCGGGAGCGGCCUGACCACCUUCACCAUCAUCCCCAAGCUGAGGGACAGGGAGAGGCAGCACAGGACCUACCAGGUGGAGAUAAAAGCAAGGACUGGAGGGCCCCAGACACCAAACGGAAAUCCAGCAGUGGAGUCCCAUUCUGGGUCUCACAGAGGAGCACAGUGGGUCACACCUCCCUCAUGCAGGAACUUCAGAAGAGGGUCCCUGUUUUAA